AUAAAUUUAUAAACUACAUAAAUUCCAAAAAGCAAACCUUGACUUUUGCCAUGAUGCAUCUCAGACACAAUUUUAUUAUGUCAUUGUAUUUAAUGGGACUUGAGCACCCGCAGAGUCUGGGAUCCACAGAGGGUACUGGAACCAAACCCCAGCAGAUACCAAAGGCCCACUCAGUGCUUUAUCCUAUAGUAGGAGUUGCCUAAGUUCAAAUUCUGGUGAAUUAUUAUCUUAGUACUAAAAACCAUUUUCUGUGUUUUCCAGGUUUUUCAAGGCAUUGCACAGCAGCUUUGCUGUUUUUGACAAAAACACCACCUAUUUGUCUACACUCUUCGACGACAAAGUACUAAAACUUGGCCAGAAUGAGCUUCUCAAACACAGAGAUGUUGUUGGGGGAUUUUCUCUCCCCCUUCAACCAGCCGUGUUUGGUGGCUGAAGAAAGUCUGGGACUCUUAGAUGACUACCUGGAGGUGGCCAAGAACCUCAGUUCGCAUGGGUUCUCCAGCGACAAGGCUAAAGUGGGCUCCUCCAAUUGGCUGGCUGUGGAUAGUUUGAAUAAUGGUGCAGAUAACAGCCAGGAGGAUGCCUUCUCUGGCAUGGAUUGGAUGGUGGAAAAGAUGGAUCUGAAGGAGUUUGACUUUGACGCGCUGUUAGGUAUUGAUGAUCUGGAAUCCACCAUCUCACCAGAUGAGCUCACGGCCACGUUGGAAGACACGUGUGAUCUACUUGACCCUCCCAUUCAAGAAAUUCCCAUUGAAGAAACUCUACUGAUACCAGAGCAAAUUAUCCAUUCUCCCAUAUCUCCCACUGGAGCAGAUGAAAUGGCCCCAUUGACCUCCUUGUUUGCAUUUCCCCUCUCCCCAGAGUCACUUAUCACAACAGCAGACCAUUCUUUCAGCUUAGAACUAGGUGAUGAAGUAGAUGUUCUUGAAGGAGAAAGGAAAGCUGAAGCCCAUAUCCUAGUGGUAGUGAUUCCCAAGUGUGAGGGGGAAGAUGAAGUACAUUCUGAUAAUGAUAGUGGAAUAUGCAUGAGCCCGGAGUCUUACUUGGGGUCACCCCAACAGAGUCCUACCACUUCUGUUAGUUCUGUGAGUGAUGUCCAGUCUGUUAAGCCCCUGCUUGUUUCUGUGCAUCCCAAGCCAUAUGAUUCCCCUGCAGAAAAGGUAGCAUCAUUUAAAAUAAAGUCUGAAAAGAGAAUAGACAAGAAACUGAAGAAGAUGGAGCAAAAUAAGACGGCAGCUACCCGGUAUCGGCAGAAGAAAAGGGCAGAGCAAGAGGCCUUAUCAGGAGAGUGUAGAGAACUAGAGCAGAAAAAUGAGGCCCUGAGAGAGAAAGCAGAUUCAUUGAGCAAAGAAAUCCAGUAUUUAAAAGAUCUAAUUGAAGAGGUCCGUAAAGCCAAGAGUAAAAAAGUUAAAGUUCCAGAAUAGGGUAGUCAAGAGUAGAUGUUACAUGCAUGUAUAUAAAAGCUUAGUGCAAACUGCUGUGUAUUGUUGCUAAAUAAAUUAUUUUCUAGUAUAUAA